AUGGACGCCCUCGACCGUUCUUAUACCUACGGAACAUCCCCACUACUUCAAGAUGCCCUCUCGACUCCCUUGAAAACCUACCUAUUCGGCAAACCAAUAUCUCAUUCCCUCUCUCCACUCGUCCAAAAUACAAUGUACCAACAACUCCCUUCCAAUUGGACCUUCCAUCUCGCCGAGACAACCGAUCCAAAAGUCUUCAAGGAAACAAUAUGUGACAAAUUCUGCAUCGGCACCUCGAUCACAAUGCCAAAUAAACUAUCUUUUCAACCUCUCCUAGACGACAUAACCGAAGAAGCCUGCAUAAUGGGCUCUGUCAAUACCACCUUUGUUCGCAUAGAUCAUUCCGGACAACGCAAAAUCAUUGGCACAAACACCGACUGUAUCGGGGUUCGAGACGCAAUUCUAGAGAAAUACCCCGAAGCCAGGGAGAAAGCUAAAAACAAAGUCGCGUUAGUUACUGGAGCCGGGGGCGCAGCUAGAAGUGCUAUAUACGCAUUAUGGAAAUGGUUCACCCCGUCAAAGAUAUACGUGGUUAAUAGAUUAGAAUCCGAGGCGCAAGAAAUGAUCGACUGGUUUCGACGUUCAAUCCCGGAUAUAGUGAUUGAGAACGUGAUGCCCGGAGCUGCGGUAACGAUUGAGCCAUUCUUUGUUCUUGGGACGAUUCCCGAUUUCGAGCCGCACAGUCAGGAGGAGAAGUUUGUUCGGUCUACCAUUGAUCGGGCGAUUAAGCAGUCUCAAAAAGGGGUUGUGCUGGAUAUGUGUUAUUCACCGUCCGUCAGGACAUAUCUUUAUGCGUUGGCGGAGCGUCAAGGGUGGACGUCUGUUUCGGGGGUGGAUGUUGUGGUUCGAGUCUGUCUUGCACAACAGACACUGUGGCUGGAAAGGCCUCCGAAUCAGCAUGGGAUUGAUGAGGUACUAGCUGCUGUUGGGAAGAUUCAUUGA